CGAGAUUGCAAGAUAUAUGUAUUUCGACUCUCUGAUUUUGAUGGAGAAGUAAGCACUGAUAAUAGUGCAAGGGGCCGUCAGGAUAUCAAAGACAACAGAUUAGAAAAAACAAAAGGUUGUCAUACGUUUUCCAUUAGUAGACCUGGAGGCUCACAUUUGAGAAUGGUUGUAGCAAUAGGAAAAAAACUGCUUCUGAUGCAGUGGCGUCAUUCUGCAGCUUGGACAGCCUGGUGUCCAGCAAGUGACACAGAUACUGUGGAAGGGUUUCAGUAUAUUAGGGAACUACAAGUGACUGAAACUCCUCUUUUGUUAACUCUUGUUGAUUCAUCUCUUGUAAAGUCUGGUGGAGGGACAAGUGAUAAUCAUAUAUGUGUUGCCUAUCGUCAUCAGUUUGAUUUGGUUAAUGAGCGCACUGGUGAGAUAACACAUUUGCACACAGUUGAAGGAAGCAGAGUUCAUCUUGUUGCAGCUAUUGAUUUGUAUGAAGAUCAGGAACCAGAACUUUUAUUGUGUUUUAAUCAUACUUGCCAUUUCCAAAAACUUAAUGUGGAGAAUACCAGCACAGAAUUUGAUUUCCAUUGGAAUUCUGUACCUAAUUCAAUUGUCUGUGCCUUCCCAUAUAUUUUUGCAUUCACCCCUGAUUCAAUGGAGAUUCGGCUGAUAAUAAAUGGAAAUUUGGUGCAAACCAUGGUAAUGCCUAAAUUAAAUUUAAUAUGUUCGAAGAAUGACAUCUUCUUUGCCACCACAGCUCCAGAAUUCUUUUCCAGUAAAUCUGAGAGAUUACAAUUAGACAAACAGGAACGAGAUCUUACAUCAUCACCUGAAGCUAGACCUUUCCGUCUCUAUCGCAUUCCACUUCAUACAUUAAGUGGAACAAGCACAUGUGAACGACGAUGUCCUACUCCUUCAGUUCCUCACGGAACAUCAGAAGUACAUGAACCUGCAAGUGAAGCAGGACGUUUGUUAGCAGUACCCAAAGUCAGUGAUCAUCAACGAGGACUAAGUCGUAGUUGUUCAUCUUCUCCUACGCCACACCAGCCACCUGGAUCAACUUUCUUAGUAGCACCAAAGUGAUGUCUUUUCAAAAGUUUUAAAAUAAAUGGUGUACAAAUUGACAAGCAAUGCAUUUGCUCUCGCUUACAAUAGCAGAGGUCACACUCAGUUCACAUUCAUCAUUCUG